CCCGUCACAUGGACGCUUGUCUAUUAACUUGUUUCAAAAAAGUCGCAGCACUUGUCAAAGGCACAGGAUGAAAACUAGUUUCCUGGUUUGGUGAGAGCUGAGCAGCGGGCACAGUGCACCACUGGCACUACUACUACUACAACUACUACUCCUGCAACUACUACUCCAACUCCUGGCACCUCACCUGGCACAGACCACCUCACCCCUUAUUUCCUGGCUGCUGAGGGCACCCACCAAGGCUGCGUGAAUGUACAACAUGAUGGAGACCGAGCUCAAGCCCCCCGCCCCCCAGCAGACUUCUGGGGGCACCGGGAACUCCAACUCUACGGCCAACAACCAGAAGAACAGUCCGGACCGAGUGAAGAGACCGAUGAACGCCUUCAUGGUGUGGUCCAGGGGGCAGAGGAGGAAGAUGGCCCAGGAGAACCCCAAGAUGCACAACUCGGAGAUCAGCAAGAGGCUGGGGGCCGAGUGGAAGCUGCUGUCCGAGGCCGAGAAGAGACCCUUCAUAGAUGAGGCCAAGAGGCUGCGAGCCCUGCACAUGAAGGAGCACCCCGACUACAAGUACAGGCCCCGGAGGAAAACCAAGACCCUCAUGAAGAAGGAUAAGUACACCCUGCCCGGGGGCCUGCUGGCACCUGGGGGCAACUCCAUGGGCUCUGGGGUAGGGGUCGGGGCCAGCCUGGGCGCUGGGGUCAACCAGAGGAUGGACAGCUACGCGCACAUGAACGGCUGGACCAACGGGGGCUAUGGCAUGAUGCAAGAGCAGCUGGGCUACCCGCAGCACCCGGGACUCAAUGCACACAAUGCGGCUCAGAUGCAGCCCAUGCACCGCUACGACGUCAGUGCCCUCCAGUACAACUCCAUGACCAGCUCCCAGACCUACAUGAACGGCUCCCCCACCUACAGCAUGUCCUACUCCCAGCAAGGGGCCCCUGGCAUGACCCUGGGCUCCAUGGGCUCUGUAGUCAAGUCGGAGUCCAGCUCCAGCCCGCCUGUAGUCACUUCUUCUUCCCACUCGCGGGCUCCGUGCCAGGCAGGUGACCUACGGGACAUGAUCAGCAUGUACCUACCUGGGGCAGAGGUGCCGGAGCCAUCUGCCCAAAGCAGACUGCAUAUGUCCCAGCACUACCAGAGCGCCUCAGUACCGGGCACAGCCAUCAAUGGCACGCUGCCCCUAUCACACAUGUGAGGACUAAGCAAAACAAAAAACUUUUAUUAGUAGAGUUUGGACUUUUUUGGACUAUUUUUGUACAGAGGAAAAAAAAAACGGGGGGGGGGGGUUGAAACUAAACAAAAAGAAAAAAAAAUCAAAAGAACUUGUAAAGAACCAGAGAAAAAGGAGAUGACACAAAGUUCUAGGUAGGAACUGGUCAGAGAGCUGGCAGAAAAAAAUCCCAAUAAUAUUUAGAGCUAGUGAUGAAAUGUUUUAUUAUUCGCAAGGACUUUUUGUACAGUAUUUAUCAGAUAAACAGGGCACCCCCAGUGCCCACUGUUUAGAAGCUGCGACUUUGCCAAUCUUUUUACACUUGUAGGUCAAGGCAGCUUGGCAUGAGCUGCAGGAGGGGAACACUUUUUCAUUUUUUGUUUUUUUUCCAAUUGGGACAUUUUAUUCGUUUAGAUAAAUAGUCGCAAAAAUAAACCCAGGACCCGUAAGAACCACUUGACAAAGAGCACAACAAAAGUGGAAGCUUUUCUUUAUUUUAUUCUUUUUUUUUUCUACUCAUUGACUUAUUAAUUUAUAUCAGGCUCUUCAUCCUGCACCACAAAAACUAUUGUGUUUGACAUAUUUUCUUAUGGUUUGUAAUAUUUCUGUAAAUUUAUUGUGCUGAUAUUUUCAUUUUUUUUUUGAGCUCUCAGUUUCAGUAGAUGUAUUUUAAAAGAAAAAGAAAAAAAAAAUAAGAAAAGGGGGCUCGGCUCGGUUAGCCCAGUCUAUGUAUAUAUAUAAAUAUAUGAACUAAUCCCACCCUUAUAACAGCGACAUUUCCAACUUACGUUUUUACUCCAUUCUGCAGUUUGAGAUAAAUAAAUUUUUGAAAUAUGGAACCUGA